CUAUCAGAUCCAACACCUCCGGCACCAACAUUGUUGCUCCAAAAAACAUCCAAGACUGGCCCGGUUCAGGAGGACAGUGAGUGGGAUUCCUCGGUUGUCUCUGGUGCCAUCAGUCCAAGACCUGGCAUUCUGAAGACAGGGAUUCUUGUGAAAAAAGGUGAUGAUGUGUGGGACUCAACGGUUGAGAUGGCAACUCCUCGAGGAACCCACAGUACAUACUAUUCUGAGGUGAAUGUAGUCAAGACAACAGAAGUGCCAAAGUCUGACAGAGAAAUUCAUCAACAAGAUCAUGUCUUUGAUGAUGUGAUACCAGCUCCUCUCAUUGCUGCUGUUGUGGAAGGGGGGAUGCUAGCACCAGAUGAGGAAGGAGAGGAUGAAUCUGAAAGUGACUGGGAUUCAAAGACAGAUGAGCUACCUCCAGAUGCUGGAGCAGCACAUGUAUUCACUGCAUCAGGUAGCCCGACAUCUGCAGGCAGACCUCAGCCAAAGCCUAAAGCAGUUGAUAGCCAUCUCCAAAGUCAUGAGAUUCAAGAUCCUGAUUUAGACUCUGAUGAGGACACAGAGACAAUGAGUUCCUGGGAGAAGGAAAGAAAAGUUAGUCAUAGGAUAGAUAGAUUACAGAAAGAAGAAGUGGACAAAAAAGCUGGGAUUACUAGAGUACAGAGAGAAGAAGUAGAAAGACAAGCAGAAAUGAAUAGAUUACAAAGAGAAGACAUACAGAGACAAGCAGAGGUAGAUAGAUUGCAUAAAGAGGAAAGAGAAAGACAAGCAGAAGUAGACUUGAAGUUUCAGAGAGAAAAAGUAGAGAGACAAACAGAGAUAGAUAGAUUACAGAAAGCUGAAGAGGAGAGACAAGCGGAAAUGGAUAGAUUACAGAGAGAAGAAAUAGAGAGGCAAGUAGAAAUAGAUAGAUUACAGAGAGAAGAACUAGAGAGAAAAGUACAGUUGGAUAUGAUAAUUCAGAGGGAAAACACUUUGCAGCAUGAGGAGAUGGAAAGACAUUGGACGGAAGAAAUUGAUUUGCAUGAAGACAUUGACAGAGAAUGGAAGGUAGAUGAAGCAGAGAUGCAGGAACGAUUGAGAAGUGAAAUGGAUGGCUUUUUCCAGGAACCAGAGAGCCCAACAGACACAGUUGACAGUGUGUUUUUCCAACAGCAAGAAUUGGCACGCAUUGAUGAACAGUUUCAAAAAGAGAGAGCUGAACGAGAGAAGAAAGAAGAAGAGGUGAACAGGUACAAAAGAGUAGAGGAAGAAGCAAGACAAUUUAAAGAAAAACAAGAAGAAAAUAAAAACUAUCAGGAAAACUUGCCAGCCAUGUUGAAAUCAGCGCCACCUAACUUGCCUUCACAAACUUCUUUGCCCCUGAGAACACAAGUAGGUCCAUCAAUGUCCGGGGUGUAUGCAAAUGUGGGAAGUUCAGCCAUUCAAGAGCUCAAACAAAGGUUGCAGGUGAUCCCACCAACUCCAGUUCCUGCUGUGGCUCCAUUAUAUUCUGAACUUGAUGAUGAUGAGUCUCUGCAGUCAGAUACACCAGGAGAGGAAAGACCAAGCAUGCCCAAGUACUACCACCCAGCAAACAGCUUCUACCGCCCCCACGACCCACUUGAUGAUGAUGCCUUGAGCUACACAUCUACUGAGUUUGAAGACCACAUGCAGAGCACAGCAGCCUACGGCAGAGAGAGGGACAUCCUAACCAAUAUCAACAUUUCAGAUGCCAGCUCGCUCCUGAAGGUUCAAGAGUAUGUGAGAGAGACUCGCAGUGGCUUGGAGCACGAGCGCAACCAAAGAGUUGUGCUAGAGAACAAACUGAGGCUAUCCAACAAGGAGAAAGAUGAAAUUGUCCAAAAGCUUGAGAGUUUGAGCCAGCAGAAAUCUACCUUAGAACAAACUAAGCUGGAGCUGGAGGCUAAGAUUCGAACUCUGGAGUAUAAUGUAACUGAAGAGGCAGAAAAAUGUAAGAACAUGGAAAUUUUGUUAACUAAAACAAAAGAGCAACUAGCAAGGAAGGAGGCACAGUUCUCAAG